CAAAGUGAAAGCAAGAAAGGCACAAGUUUAAGCUUCUCUUACAAGUCGGAAACUUUUACUAAAGACUUCAUACAACAGAAAUGGCUUCUGCCACGAAUCUAAUGACUGAAGAUGACUUUUGUUGCUCCAUCUGUCUGGAUGUGUUCAGCAAACCUGUAUCAAUUCCUUGUGGACACACGUUUUGUCAUGAUUGCAUCACAAAACACUGGGAAAAAAACUAUGUAUUUGGCUGUCCGCUGUGUAAAGAGAUACAUUACUCCAAGCCAAUGCUCCGGGUCAACAUUUUCAUUGCUGACAUGGCCGAAAAGUUCAAAAGUGUGGUGAAAAGGAAGGCAUCCUUCCCCCUUCAAGAAGCAGGGAUUGGAAAAGUGCUGUGCAAUCUGUGCGCAGAGCCAAAAUCCACUGCUGUAAAGUCUUGUUUAGUAUGUUUUAUGUCAUUCUGUGAAAUUCACCUCGAGCCUCAUCUAACAUUACUCAAAUUACAGCAACACAAGCUCAUCCAGCCAGUUAAUGACCUGCUGAACAGGAUAUGCAAAACCCACGGUGACUUUCUAGAAUUCUUUUGCAGGGUGGAUCAAAUGUUUCUUUGCUCGUCCUGCAAAAACCAAGACCAUAAAACACACAAGGUUGUGACUUUAAAAGAAGAGGCAAAAAUAAGAAAAACCCACCUGGGGAAAGAAAAGGAAAACACUGAUGAAAUGAUCGAAACACGUCGGCAGAAAAUUCUUCACAUUCAACGCUCAUUGGAUGAGAGCAGGAAUAAUGCGGAUGAAGCACUAUCAUGCAAAAACAAUGUGAUGGCUGCUAUUGAGGAUUAUGUUCGGAAAAGCCAAACUGAGCUGACAGAGGUAAUAAAUACAAAGCUGCAAACGAUUGAAAAGGAGGGGAAUGAUUUUAUUACAGAACUGGAUGCAGAAAUUAUGCAAAUAAACGUGAUAAAAGAGAAACUUGAUAAAGCUUCAUUCAUAGAUGAUGACUUCACAUUUCUCGAGAAUGCCCUUUCUCUUACAGUACCUUCACCAAAAGUGAAAGACUGGUCUGAUCUUAAAGUUAAUACUGACCAGUUUAAAAUUCAACGCACCAUGGCUGAGCUGCAGAUGUUUGUCACAAGUAAAAUAAACACACUGUGCGAUCCUACCUUUAGAGAAAAACAGCAGUAUGCUGUGGAUGUGACGUUCGAUCCUGACACAGCACACCCUUUACUGAAUCUUUCUGCCGAUGGGAAGCAAGUUUUCACUGGAAACCAAAGUAAGAACAAAGAGGACAAACCACAAAGGUUUGAUCAGGUCCUCAAUGUUUUGGCAAAAGAAGGUUUCUCCUCUGGAAAAUCUUACUAUGAGGUUCAGGUGAAAGGCAAAACCCAGUGGGAUUUAGGAGUGGUGAGCGAGUCCAUCAACAGGAAGGGGGAUAUCAGACUGAGCCCGAAGAAUGGAUGCUGGACCAUCUGGCUCAGAAAAGGAAGCGAGCUCACAGCCAACGCCGGCCCAGCUGUAAACCUGCCGGUUAGGCAGAUACCUGAAAAGGUUGGAGUUUUUGUAGACUAUGAGCAGGGUCAGGUGUCCUUUUAUGAUGUGGAUGCGAGGGCAAUCAUCUUCCCCUUCACCGGAUACAAGUUCAGCGAGAAGCUCUUUCCAUUCUUCAGUCCCUGCGUUAACGAUGGAGGUAAAAAUUCAGCUGCCUUGAUCAUUACUCCUGUCACAACCAAUUGCUAAGAGACUGUUUUAAGUUUGUGGACAAGCAUUCUACCAGACUGCAAUAGUCCAUGUUGCAAGUAUAUAAUGUAAACAGUGAUUAAGUGGUCUUAUGUUGUCUUAUGUGAACUCUUUUUCGUGUGUAUGCAUGUUUUUUUUCUGCUGUAUGAUGCUGCUUCUUGACCAGGUCUUCGUUGAAAAUGUGAAUUGGUUCAACUCACAUACCUGGUAAAAUAAAGGUUAACUAA